CAUACGAAGUCGCCAUUGAGGCUUUGCAAAGAAAGGCCGAGGUCGUCUGCUGUUUGUGUGUGUUUUCUUUUAAAAUGCUUCAUUUGCGAAUCGUUAAGGAAGAGAGAAACGUGUGUUUUCUUAAAGCUUGCUGAUGAAGUGUAUGGAUCUUUGAUAUACACCUUCUUGCAUUUUUCUGAGUACCUAUAAGGGAACGACACACGGUUGGAAUUAAAAGCCAUCUUGGGUAGGGCGCUGGAUCAAUUAUGAAAGAAUCAUCUUAAGUCAGUCAGAUGCCAUAUCAAGUAAUCCCUCCAGCCUCUUCGGUAGUUCCAGCUAACUAAAUUAUCGACGCACAAAAUGGCGUCCCUGACUUUAACGCCGUCGGAAAAUCCGUUUUUAGUCACAACCCCGCCUUCGAACGUCGAACCGACGUCGCUUCCACCACCAUCGAGCGCGUCAUCGUGCCCACCAUGGGAGACGGCACAGAGCAUCGUUUUCCAACUGGCGUCAGUCGUACUCCUUAUCGCUUUCGCUGCUCCUUCUACGAACGGCACAGCGAAGUUGGUGACACACACUCUGUUUGUAGUGGGUUUCGUCAUCAUGGCGGCGUGGGCGUGGCAUUACAUCUGCGCGCAUGACAUUUUUGGCUGGUGCCUUGUUUUCGCUGCUCUCAAUCUAUGUCACACGAUCUAUCUCUCCUGGACUAUGCGACCGGUGAACCUCACCCCGGAGCAGCGAGAACUCUACAACAAAGUGUUCAAAUCCUUUAAAGUGCCAAGACAUGUCUUCAAGAAACUAUGCUAUUAUGGAAAAAUCACCUCUCUUAAAAUUGGAGAACAUUAUUCAGAAGAGGGCAAAUCGCAGUGCGUUCGCCUUUCGAUGCUUUUAAUGGGAAAAGUAAAGGUCUUCUGUGAAGGGGAGUUUUUACAUCAUAUUGUGGAAAGACAGUUCUUAGAUUCUCCCGAGUGGGAUUCAUGUGAGAAAAGUGAAAAAGCAGAACUUUUUCAGGUGACCCUGACGGCUUCCACCUACUGCCGAUACAUAACCUGGCACCGUGAUCAACUACAUGACUUCCUCGAGAACGAACCCUACCUGAAGCAGGUCUUCACUAACCUCAUCGGAAGCGACAUCAGCAAGAAGCUCUUUAUGUUGACUGAGCGAAACCUCAACCAAAAGGGAGGGCGAGCAGAUAUAAGGCUGCCCAGUGCAGGCAGACGUCCGGCCAAUAACUACGACAUGUCGGGCCACCUAGCUGCGGGCACACGUGGGGCAUGUGGUACUGGGAUUCCGGUAAUUCACAGGACCAGUGCUGGAGAUGACCGCCCCAUUGGUCGAUCGGGAAGGGAUAUCGUACCAGUAUAACAAUGAUGACGUCUUCAUCAACUUCAAAUUCGGUGCUUUUUGACUAUCAAGAGUGAUAUAGAUUCGAUGCUGGACAUCAGUCACAUGCAUGGGAGCCUGCUGGACACCCAGAAGAAUUCUUCAACAUGUGUCACCCAGUGCCAGGACUUUUAAAGAGGUUAUGACUUUACAUUGACCAGGAGGAAAAUGAAACAUCGAUCGUUCUGAAAGUCGGAUAUUCGUCGAAGUGUCAGCAUUAGAGAGUUUUUACUCACACGACGGAUUUCGGAACGUAGAAAAUAUAUUGACAAGUGCACGUCAUGACAAUGUGGUCUUUGUCGAAAGUUGGAGAAUCCAAUCAGCAGUGCCGUCUGUGAAUCUGGACAAACGACAUAUUUGCAAUUUUGUCAACUCCGAGACUUCGGACGUUCUGCUGUUCCAGUUAACCAAUUUUCGACAAAAACCUCUCUUUAUGAUUUGACUUGCAUUUUCAAUACAUAUACUAUGAUCUCGCAAUCGUCCUGCGUGGCGGUGCGAAAACACGCUAUUGUGGGACGGCUUUCGAUGCCACAGAACAAAGAAGAUAUAUUGGAGAUUCACAUAGACAAUAGUCUGAUGAACAUGACCAAGGAGACAUAACUUAUUUCAUGUAUUGUGAAUAUGACAUAUGCCUUGGCCGAACUCUUCAGCCAUGACAUCGAAAUCUUGAAGGAUCUCAUUUUCCCACAAUUUCAAACUGAUUUUAUGUUAUGAGUUUUUUUUCAACAUUGCACUUUUUUCACAAAACGAAAAGAAGUAUACAG